GGCUGAAAUUCUUUGGGGCAUAGUGUUAACCAAGUUUUGGCAAAAAUUUGGUGUCAAACAAUCCCAUAUUUCUUGAAGCUUUUGUCUCAGUUCGGUGAUUGUACGAGCAGGAUGUUGUCGCAGAACCUUUUUCAUCUCGUGCCACAAAGUUUCAAUAGUGGUACAUUAUUUUCUUCCAUCCAUUUUAUAGCCUUUUUUGAGGUAUGGCACGCUGCACCAUCUUGCUGAAACACAAAAUCUUGGCCGGAUGUCAAAC